AACAUGGUUGCAGACCAAAUUUCAAGAAAAAUACUAGAAAAAAAAAAGAAGAUUUUUUUUUGUUUUUGUUUUUGAUUUGUUUGGUUAGUGGUGGGUAUUGGAUCCAAUGCCACCAAGUUAAUGUUUUUAGUUGUCCAAUGUGUUUUUCUUUUUAAAUAAAAUUCAGCAAAAGAAAAGGGUAUUUUAAUAGACACUCAAAUCAUUGCUUUGAGAAGCAUUUUUGGGUGUCUCUGCAAUCUCUGAGCUUUGUCACGUGAAGUAUAGCUAAAAAAUAAUAAUUCAAGAAACCAAAACCCCAAGUCUUGAAAUCCUUUAUACUAUUAUAUGUAUUUUUUAAAAAAAAAAAUUGGGUUUUUUGGGGUGCCAUUAAAAGUGAAAGUAGUAGUGAAGAGUGAAAAAGUGUUGUGAUGCUGAUGAGGAAGCUCACUAAAUUGGGAUUUUGUAUUGUUGUGUGUUGGAGUUGCUGUUGAUUUUAUAAGUCUGUGGUCAAAGUUCUUGUUGUCAAUUGAUGAUAAUGACGCUAAUUGGUAGAUCUGAAGAUUCUGGUGUUGAUAGUGAUCCUGCUAAACAUCUACAGACAGAAAAUAAAAUGUGUUUUGGAUCCUUCACUCUUCAAGAUUCUAUCAUCAAAUAAGAAAAGACUCUAAUUUUGUCCUAUGAAAAACCCAAAUCAAAAAACUCCAUUUUUAGUGAACUUUCUUGUUCCCAUUCAUCAAUGGUGACAACCCAACCAAAUCAAGAAUCCAUUUUUGCUAGCUUUCAAGUAGAUCCCUUUAGUGUAAAGACUCCAUUUUUAACUCUGCAUUUUGAACUUUCUAGUUUGGUGACACCCAACCAAAUCAAAAAUCCUUUUUUUGCUCUCAAGUAGAUCCCUUUAGUUGUCAAGACUCCACUUUUAGCUCUGCAUUUUGAAUUUUCUUGUUCCCCUUCAUCAAUGGUGACACCCCAACCAAAUCAAGAAUCCAUUUUUGCUAGUUCUCCAGUAGAUCCCUUUAGUGUCAAGACUCCAUUUUGAACUUUCUUGUUUCCCAUUCAUCCAUGGUGACACCCAACCAAAUAAAGAAUCCAUUUUUGCUUGCUCUGCAGUAGAUCCCUUUAGUGUCAAGACUCCAUUUUUAGCUCUCCAGUUUGAACUUUCUUGUUCCCCUUCAUCAAUGGUGACACCCAACCAAAUCAAGAUAGUUGCAAGACUCCAUUUUUAGCUCUACAUUUUGAACUUUCUAGUUCCCCAUUCAUCAAUGUUAACACCACCGAACCAAAUCAAGAAUCCAUUUUUAACUCUCCAGUAGACCCCUUUAGUGUCAAGACUCCAUUUUUAGUGCUCAGAAUUGUCAAGUUCAAUGAAAAUCAAGAACCCAUUUUCCCUCUUGAGUUGAACAACUUAAUGCUCAACAAUGGAAAUGUCAAUUUCAAUGGAAAUCAAGAACCCAUUUUUGUUUUUAAGGUACUGUUCUAAUCACAAAUUCUUGUUUUUCAUUUUCUCAAUAUAUUCUAUAGUUAUCCCACUUGUAACAUCAAGUGAUGCUGAAGCACUUUUAGCAUUGAAAUCCACAAUAGACCCCUCAAAUUUUCUUGAUUGGAAAGAAGGAACUGAUUUUUGUCAAUGGCAAGGUGUUAAAGAAUGCAUGAAAGGAAGAGUUACAAAACUUGUAGUUGAAAAUCUCAAUUUGAGUGGUUUAUUGGACCAAAAUGCCCUCAAUCAAUUAGAUCAAUUACGAGUUUUAAGCUUCAAAGAAAACUCCAUUUCCGGCCAAAUCCCAAACCUCACCGGACUUCCCAAUUUGAAAUCACUUUUCCUCAACAACAACAACUUUUCCGGCGAGUUUCCGGUGACCAUUACUCUUCUUCACCGUAUCAAAGUUGUGGUUCUCGCCGGAAACAAACUCUCCGGCGACAUUCCUCCGGCGUUAACAAAUUUAUCCCGGCUGUAUGUUCUUUAUCUAGAAGACAAUCACUUCACCGGAGAAAUCCCUCCGUUAAAACAGCUCAGUUUGAGAUUCUUCAAUGUGUCAAACAAUCAACUUUCCGGUGAAAUCCCGAAUACCCCGGCGCUUUCUCGGUUCAAUGAAUCAUCUUUUACCGGAAAUGUCAAAUUGUGUGGAGUACAAAUGCAUAAUAACUGUAAAAACUUUGGUCCUUCGACUAGUCCAUCAUAUCCCAUCAUUCCAGAAAAUGUAUCUCAUCAUAAAAAAAGCAAAAAGCUUAUAAUCAUCAUUGUCCCGGUGGUCGCUGGAAUCUUGCUCCUCUCCGUUUUGACGGCGAUUUUCAUAGCAUGUGUUAGAAACAGAAGAAGAAAAACUCAAGAUGGAAAGAGCAAAGGAGUUGAAGGUGGUGGAGGCGAGGGAGGGGAAGAAGAGGGGACUAGUCGUGGUGGCAAUGGUGGUGGUGGUGGUAGGGAUGAUAAUAUUGGUGGAAAAGAAGGGGCAUUUUCAUGGGAUCAAGGAAGUGGAGGAUUAGGGACAUUGGUGUUUUGUGGACCAGGAGAUCAACAAAUGAAUUACACCUUAGAGGAUUUGUUGAAAGCAUCAGCUGAGACAUUAGGGAGGGGUAUAAUAGGAAGUACAUAUAAAGCUGUGAUGGAAUCCGGCUACAUUGUGACGGUGAAGCGGCUGAGGGAUUCGAGAUUUCCGAGGUUAGAGGAAUUCCGGCGACACGUGGAGAUUAUUGGUAGGCUAAGACAUCCUAACUUGGUCCCACUCCGAGCAUAUUUUCAAGCUAAGGAAGAACGUUUGGUUGUUUAUGAUUAUUUCCCUAAUGGCAGCCUCUUCUCCCUCGUUCAUGGAACGAGGGCUAAUAGUGGUUCAAAGCCUCUUCACUGGACUUCCUGUCUCAAAAUUGCAGAGGAUGUGGCUGCUGGAUUGCUUCAUAUCCAUCAGAACCCUGGUCUGACUCACGGGAACUUGAAAUCAUCAAAUGUACUCUUGGGGGCCGACUUUGAGUCGUGUCUUACAGAUUAUUGCCUCAUGCCAUUUAGGAAUCCAAAUUCUCCUGAGGAAUCGGGUGCUUCUUCCCUCUUCUACAGAGCUCCUGAGUGUCGUGACAUUCGAAGGCCAGUUACCCAUCAGGCCGAUGUCUAUAGCUUUGGUGUCCUCCUGUUGGAGCUCCUCACGGGAAAAACUCCAUUCCAAGAUCUUGUUCAAGAACACGGAUCAGACAUACCGAGGUGGGUGAGAUCUGUUCGAGAAGAAGAAACUGAAUCAGGUGAUGAACCUGCCUCUAGUAAUGAAGUCUCGGAAGAGAAACUUGGUGCUCUCUUAAACGUAGCUAUGGCGUGUGUAUCACUUGUACCUGAGAAUCGACCCACAAUGAAGGAUGUUUUGAGGAUGAUCCGGGAUGCUAGGGCAGAAGCUCAAGGAUCUUCUAAUAGCAGUGAUCAUUCACCAGGAAGAUGGUCGGAUACUGUCCAAAGCUUGCCAAGAGAUGAACAUUUGAGCAUAUGAGUUUGUACUAUACUUAUGAAGGCUCCGAAUAACGUGUCUUGAUUCUUUCGGAAGGUGAAAGUUUCUUCGGAAGUUAGGCAUCAUCGAUGAAUUUGAGUUCUCAGGGAUUUGUUGAUUCAGUUCUUGUAAAGUCUAAGGGCUUUCUACUUUUCUUGUUUUUCUAGGUUUUAGCUGUUUGUAUGUAGGAGAUUUGCUUUUAUACCACUUGAUUGACAUUUACCAGUUUAUGAUCCAUUCCUGAUUCAAAAGUUUGUUGUCAGCAUGUUUUGUGAGGAUGUUAUUGUAAUUGAGGUUCCAACACUUCUGUAA